GGAGUUAAUCUCACCUGGCUGACAAUGCAAGGCCAUAGCGCUGUUUGGUAGGGUCACCGCACCCCGAGUUUCAUUUUUGCUCAGCAAGAAUGCUUGCCCACCGAAACUCUGUCGGCCUAGUCGUGCCCAAUGCCGCACACAUUCCGCGACUGCAUUUCGGGGUGAGGGGAGCUCACGCACAACGGAGUUCCCGAGCAUGGUCGAGCCCGGAAGCCAGUCCUGCGGCCCCAAAUGCAAAUGAAAUAAUUCAGCAGACAGAUGAUGGAGCAGUGCAGCAGCCCGCGGCCCAGGGAGCCGCACAUCCGGCGUCAGCACCAGCACAAUUAUGCUCAGCUGUCGGCGGAGCGCCAGCGCCAGCAAGCGCCUCGAGCCCCGUGCCCGCUGACCCUGCGGCUAGCCGGGACUGGGUCCCACCAAUGCCAGGAGAUUGGGGCGGAGCGCCUGACCCUGCAGGCAUACGCGAGCCUGACCGUGCGGGGGCCGUUUUCUUUGUGCUGCUGACCGUGGGGCUCAGCCUGGGCGUGCACCAACUGGUGAAGCUGGCGGGUGGUCGGAAGCCCAAGCAGCAACCGGUACUGUCUCCCGCCGUGGCGGUGGUGGUUGGCACCCCAGCAUCCGGGUCUACUGGCGCGGUGCCGGUCGUGACCGCCAGCACGCCGUACGCGUCCACAGAGACUCCGCCAGGAGCCGCUAGCAGCAGCAGGUCUGCGACGACAGCAGCUGCAAAGGAGCCGCCAGCAGCACACACAGCUCCGGCAUCACAGGCCCAGUCUACUCCUGGUGCCAGCGGGCCUGCAGCAGAGAAGGAGGAUGGCAAGGCCGCGGAAGCAGCUACGGCGGCGCCAAGCACCAGCCGCGCUGAGUCGGCAGGCCCCGCCGCACGGGGUUCAGAUGACGACGGCAUUUCAGACAUCUUCACACCACUGAGCACGGACGUGGCAGAGGAGGAGGCUCAGGAAGAGGAGGCGAAGGUGGAGCGCGCAGCUGCAGCACAAAAGGCGUCAGCUCAGCAGCAGGCGCCCGCGGAGUCGCCGCCCAAACCUAGCACUUCAGGGCACGGGACUGAUGUGUCGCGCGCGGGAGCAUCGCCGCAGCCCGCAGCUGGCCCUGGGCCAGGGUCAGGGAUUGGGGCAACGGCGGCGGGUGCGGCAGCAGUCGGUGCAGGGGCGGCAACACACCACACGCCGCCCUCAUCGCCGUUCGAGCGGGCUGCGCAGCCAGCGCUGUCUACUGCAGGCACAGAGCCUAGCGCCACAGCACCGCACCAGCAAGAUUUCGCACGCAGCAGCUUCUUCGACAGCCCGGACGCCCGCGGCCAGGACGGCGCCAUCACUAGCAGGCCGCUGCCGCUCCCGCGUGCCGGGCUAGGCGCCUCCGCGCAAGCGCCACCGCACGGCCACGCCGCGCCGGGCCAGCCGCCGCGGUUGUCGUUUCCUCCCGUGCGACCCGAGCCCCUCAGCCGGGCGCCGGACACGUCGGCCCUGUCGCACCUGUCGCCCGACGACACGUCUCUGGGCGCCAUGAAGGAGCGGGCGCAGCUGGCGCUGCGCGGCGCAGCGGCAGCCAGUGAGGCGUCGCAGCGCGCAGCAGCCUACGCAGCGGCGGCCAGCAGCGCCGCGUCGCGCGCGGCAGAGGCGGCAGAGCGGGCGGCGGCAGCAGCCACGGCGGCGCAGGCUGGCCUGGAGAGCGCGGCGGAGAGCGCUAUUGUGGCUGCGGAAGCGCGCGUGGCCCAGGCGUCCGAGGCGGCUAAGGAGGCGGAGGAGCGGGCGGCCAGCGCGGCGGCGCACGCGACCGCGUACCAGGACAUGUCGCAAUCGCAGGACGCGAAACAAAUUCUACGUUACACAAUACACGCGCAUGCAUACUGCGCACUCUUGGCACUCCUGUGGGUGCCUCCAAGCUAAGCGCCUCUAACCCCAUCUCUUCACAC